GAAACUGUUAAACUUAGAAAAAAACAUAAAUAGGGACUCGAAGAAUUUCUUCAAAUAUGUCAACGAUACAGAAAAAUUUGGUUAUCCAGCAUCCAUGCAUUUAAACGAUUUGCUUUCAUUAUUCAAUUGCUCUAUGAAUCAAGAACUGAGCGUGAAUCGUCACAUUGUCUGUGAAGUUUUAAUCGAGUGGCAUGCAGAACCAUCCCGGAGUAUACUUUGUUGUCAAGCGCAAACAAUGAGUUUGCCAACAUUGUACCAACACUAUGUGUUGCCUGACAUAAACUCCGGCUUAGAUCCAAAACCAGACGGAUUUUACUUGAACGGGAAGAAAAUUUCGAUACACAGCGGUGCUCUCCAUUAUUUUCGAGUUCCUCAAGCGUAUUGGAGGGAUAGAUUAAGAAAGUACAGAGCAGCUGGUCUAAACGCUGUGGAAACCUAUGUUCCAUGGAAUUUGCACGAACCCCUGAGAGACGUGUUCGAUUUUGGUGAUGGAGAUAACGAUUUUUCGGAUUUUCUGGAUGUCGUUAAGUUUGUCAAGAUGGCACAAGAAGAAGAUCUGUUUGUAAUUGUCAGACCAGGCCCUUACAUUUGUGCCGAAUGGGAUUUUGGUGGACUACCAAGCUGGAUUUUAAAUGAAAAGGGAGUCAAGGUGCGAACCUCUGAAUCGAAGUACAUGAAACGAGUCACUUGCUACUUCAAUAAACUUUUGCCGCUGUUUGGUGAUCUACAAUUCACUAAAGGUGGAUCAAUAAUUGCUUUUCAGAUUGAGAACGAAUAUGGUUCCAUUAACGAAGAUGGAACAGUUCCUGAUAUCGAGUACUUGAAACAACUCAAAGAAAUCUUUGAGAAAAAUGGUCUGGUUGAGAUGUUCUUUACUUCGGACACACCAAGUAUUCGCAGAGAUGCUGGAACUUUACCGGGAGUAUUGCAAACUGCAAAUUUUAAAGUCGAUCCAGAAAAGGAAUUGAAUCUCUUGAAAGAAUUGCAGCCCAAUAUGCCCGCUAUGGUUAUGGAAUAUUGGACUGGUGCUUACGAUCACUGGCUCGAACCACGUGACUCACCAGAACCAUUCGAUGGUAAAUUGAACUUGAACUCUUUAAAUCAACGAUCAAUUAUUUAUGUGGAUGUUCUGGAGAGAAUCUUGAUCUUUCCAUCAUCAGUUAAUUUCUAUAUGUUCCAUGGUGGUACCAGUUUUGGUUUUAUGAGUGGCGCCGAUGUUAACAAGAAUUAUCAAGCUGAUGUGACAAGUUAUGAUUAUGUCGCGCCGCUAACAGAAUCAGGCGACUACACAGAAAAGUAUUACAAAACCAAGGAGAUUUUGGCAAAAUACCAAAGUGUGACGACCAAAUUACCAGAUUUACCUACAGUAUCGCAAAAAGCAGCUUAUCCCACUCUCGAAGUAAUUGGUCAUUUGGACUUUUGGGAUAUCCUUGAUCAGUUGCCUGCAGACUUGAAAGUAAUGCUGCCAAACGUGAUCAACAUGGAAAACUUGCCAAUUAAAAAUGGCAAUGGCCAAUCUUAUGGCUACAUAAAUUACAGGAAAAAAGUAGGAUUGAAAACAAUAUCCACUUUGAAAGUCUCUGGGUAUGUGCAGGACGCAGCAAUGGUUCUUGUUGACGGAGAGCUGAAGAGCAAACCGCUAGAAACUAAAGAGGAUAUUAAUGGUUUUGGUUACUGGAUGAAGAAAGACACUGAGUUGACGUUAAACUCUGAUAAGGCCGAGGAAAAGACUUUGGACAUUAUUGUUGAAAAUUGGGGACGUGUCAACUUUGGUGUUCUUGCUGAUUUUGACCAGAGAAAGGGAUUGUGGCAGGGACCAGUUUACCUCGACGGCAACGAGCUGAAAGAUUGGGAAAUCUAUGCUCUUGAGUUUGAUUCUAAGUGGGCAAAGUCUCUAAUUAAUUGGAAACAGGGACCUUCUAUUCGUAAGAAAGGUCCAUCCGUUUCCCGAGUUAUCUUAAACUUAUCUGUACCUCAGGAUACGUUUAUCGACUUGAGAGGCUGGCUAAAGGGCAUAGUAUUUGUCAAUGGUUUUAAUUUGGGCAGGUACUGCCACCUCGGACCGCUGAGAACCCUUUACUUACCAGCUCCGUUACUUAAAAAUGGCCAAAACGAAAUCUUAGUGUUUGAACAUUUUAAGCCAGAUGUGAAAGUGAGCUUCCUUGAUCAUCCCAUUCUCGGGAAUUUGAAACCCUGAAAUAAGUGAAAAUGCAAGGAAGAAAUACCAUAUAUAUAUUCUGCUGUUUGCUUGUAUGUAAUUGUACCCCGAGAUAAAUUUCCAUGAUCAUUAAUGUUUGACGAAUUAACACCUAAUAUUUUUUCUACGAGAAUUGGAUUUAUUGUACCAGUGACGUCAAACUGUAUAUUUAAGUAUUCUUAGUCUUUUCUACACAUUACUUAUUCAAUACUGUUAAAUACUUAAUGGUUUAUAUACCGUAUAUUUUCGUAUCUACUUUACAAGUGAAGAAAUAUUUUCAAACAUCGAGGAGAAAGUUGAUGUUUACAUAAAAAUUCUUUCUAUAAAUAACAUAUUAGACGUUCGAGGAAAGCAUAAUAUUCUGAUUGUGAAUAUCUUAUUCGUUUACGGUUCAAAAAAGGGAAGUUAAUACAUUAUUUUAAAUGAGA